AUGACCAUAACUGGUACCAAUGAUCAAGAAACAAUUAUUGAACGUAAUGGUGUAGACAAAAAUUUAUCCGAUCGAAUGAAAUCCGAUAAAGAAAAAUUGUUUCCUAAUCAAUCAUCGGAAAAUACUAUUAAAUAUUCAUUGAAACAUGUCCAUGAUACAUUGGAACAAAAUGGUUAUUUUCAAGAACAUCAUAAUACACAACAAAAUUAUUAUCUUAUGACACCAAAAAAUAUUAAUCAGGAUAAAACACCGGAAUUACGACAAUAA